CCCAGACAGUGCCCCAGCCCUGGAGUCCUGGUUCAGCCAGCCCUGCAGCAGCUCCCCAGGCAGGACAGGAGCUUCCCCUGCCCUGCAGGGCCACCCAGCUCCACCUCCAGCUGUGGCUUCCUCAGUGAGAGCAGCUCUGCCUAUCAGCCGCCUCUGGAGAUGUGCCACCCCUUCCCACCCUCCCAGGAGGACCCCAGUGCCUACCAGUGCCUCCAGUUCCCCCAGCAGGGCUUCAAGCAGGAGCAGCAGGACCCCCAGUACGAGGCAGCAGAGCGGGCAGGCAGCAGGCAGCAGUUCCCAGCAGCUGUGCUGGUCAAACAGGAGCAGGUGGAUUACCUGUACGAGCCAGAUGUUCCUGACUGCCCUUCCAUGUACCUGAAUGCUGAGGGUUACCCCAGCCACUCCAACACAGAGGGUGCAUCAGGCUAUGACAAGCAGAUGAGGCCCUUUGCUGAUGAUGUCUGUGUUGUUCCAGAGAAAUUUGAAGCAGGAGACCUCAAGCAGGAAGGUGCAGGGUACAGGGAAGGACCCCCCUACCAGAGACGGGGCUCGCUGCAGCUCUGGCAGUUCCUCGUGGCCCUCUUGGACAACCCCACCAAUUCCCACUUCAUUGCCUGGACUGGGAGAGGGAUGGAGUUCAAGCUCAUUGAGCCAGAGGAGGUGGCCAGGCUCUGGGGCAUCCAGAAGAACCGUCCAGCCAUGAACUACGACAAGCUGAGCCGGUCUCUGCGCUACUACUACGAGAAAGGCAUCAUGCAGAAGGUGGCUGGGGAGCGAUACGUGUACAAGUUUGUGUGCGAGCCCGAGGCUCUGUUCUCCAUGGCCUUCCCCGAGCAGCCGCGGCUGAAGGCGGAGCUGGAGCCCGGCGAGGAGGACACGCUGCCCCUGUCCCACCUGGGGGACAACGGGCUCCUACCUGCCAGAGCUCUUCCCUGCACAGCUCUACAGCAAAGGCUACACCUACUAGCACUGCUGGGAGCUCUGUGUGGGCAGGGGUGGGUGGUUGGCGGGCAGCUGGCGCAGUGUUUGUUCAGCCAGCUCUGAACUCGGCAGCCCUGCUCUGGUCAGGACAAGUUUUCAGGUACACAAAGGGAAAAUCACCUGGCAGCACACAGGGCUCUUGUGUGCUUGUGGUAAAACCUUUGUUGUGAGUGAGGAUGGGGCAGGUUCUCAGCUCAGGUGAUUGGUGCCUCCAGAUGUACCAAACCUGUCACAAUCCCCUCAUUGCAGAGGGAGGGGAUGCUGUCCCACCACAGGGCUUUUUUCAUUCAGAGAAAUGAGAGAAAUGAUGAGAAUGUUACAGUGCUGCUGCUGACUCUGUUCCUCCUGUCCAUGUCCUGAACUUCUGCAUGACCUGAUUCCAGCUCUGACCAGAAGAGCCCACUCUGAAAGGCCACUUAAGCCUUCCCAGGAUGGCUGCAGGACAAUGGUCCCAGAUUUUGUGCCUUCCUUGAGGAAUACUCAUUAAUUAUCCUGUACCUGCAUGCUCCUGCCCUAUCACCUCCCUGCCCAUGCCAGGAGUUUCUGCUGUUCAGGCCCUCUGAGCAGGGCAGGUGGAGGAUCCUGCAGCCAGAGGGAUUUAGGGAACCACAGAGGAGAUUUAUUGCCCUGCUCUGGGGCACAGCUCAAACCAGUGCCUCCUUCAGGGUUGUGGGAAGCAGCAAGGCCUGAGACACAGCUCAGUGCAGUGGUGUGGCUUUUCCCAACUGAAAAAGUUCCUCAAUAAACAUCCUCAGGAUAUUUGAAGAGCUGCCAGGCUCUGGAGUGUGCCCAGCCUGAGCUUGGCAAGAGAACUGUCUGAGGCAAGAGGUGGGAUUGAAUUUAAUCACACCUGGUGGAGGUGUGAUUAAAAAAUGCUAUACAAAAUAAUCUAAACCAUACAUAGAUCUUAAUAUAGGAAUUCAGACCUAAACUCCACAGAUAUUUGCAUGUUGGGGGGAUUUCAGAUGUGUUGAAAGGCAGCUCUCUCUGCACUCCAAUGCAGCACAUGCACUUAACUAAACUGGCAGGUUUUCCACAACAGUAAAUGUUUAUAUUGGGUACCACAUCCUGAUUAAGAGGUGUUUAAUUUUUUAAUUAGCAGCUCCACCACAUUCCCAGUUAGACAAGUGUACCCAUACAGGAAAGUCACUUUCCACUGCUUCAGACUGAUGCUUCAGCUGCUGAAUACAGAGCAUUGCCAAUCAUGCCAGCAUGGUAGCCUGUAGAAAAUAUUCUGUAUAUUGACUGAAAGCCUGAUUUCCCCUGCUGCCUGUCCCUGCAUGGCCAAUGCCAACCCUCCCAGCCUCACCCCUGAGUGCAAGAGCCAUGGCAGGAGGGCUGGACACUCAGAGCUGUCUGCUCUGCUGAUGCUUUGUUGUUCUGGCAGUUCUGACCCUCCUGCCUUGCCCUGCACAGCUCCUGUGCUGUGCCAGAAGCGAGGGUGAAGGGAAACCCUUCCUUUGGUAUAAGCUGCCUUUUACUAUUUAUGAGUGUAAAAAUAUUAUCAUUAAUAAAUUGGUCUGUGUUGGGCCAGUGCAA